CAAGAAACAUGUGGUUGAAUUUUGUUCUUGAACUAUAUGUAGAAAAUAAAUAAAUUCUACUGCUUGCUGAUGCAAAAUUAAGAUCAGACAAUGGAAAGUACAUCAAACAGUAACGACAAUAUCCAACAAACAUGCCAGGAAAAUCGUAAAAAGAUAACACGGUAUAAAAUGGGUUUAUACAAGAACUACGAAAAAUCAUACAAGUAUAAUGUAUCUUCACGCACAUCAGCAAUAUGGGAAGCUCUUGGCAUAACUCGACAUUGUAGUACUGAUGAUAAUACUGGAGUCCAUCAGACAUGUACUAAAGACGAUUGCAACAAUACUGCCGAACAACCUGAGGAUUGCAGCGAGCGAUCUAAUGUUGCGAAUAAUAUUACCAUGCGGUAUUCUCCAUUGAUGGCAACGACAGCAAGAAAUGAAGAUAAUAACGACACAGUUAACAACGACGAUAAAUCUCACAGUGACAUGGAUUGCAUUGAUGAUGAAAAUGAAAUAAAUAAUGAUGAAGAUGAAGAUGAAGAGGAUAAUUAUACUACCGAAAGCGAUGACAACUAUGAAUAUAUCGAAGAAGAAACGAGUGAAGAAGACGAUGUCGCAUUCGACGAUAUCGUGUUAUUUUCAGAAUCCAAUUUGACUAUACGAGACGUAAUGACAUUAGUCGUCGCAUUUUCACUUAGAUUUAGGCUAUCAGACGUUAGAAAAUCUGCGCUUAUAAACAUGAUAAAAUUAUUUGCCGGGCCAAAAUUCGAAAAAAUUAAUAUUUCCAAGUAUACUUUAGGUAAAGCAUUUGAUCCACCAGACGACAAAGUAAUUUAUCACUAUUUCUGCGACAAGUGUCAUAUGAAAAUUAUGUAUUCAACUUCAAGAAAUAAUUUUACAAAACAAUCUGUAACGUGUGAUUCUUGUCGAGAAAAACAUGUAAUUUUAUUGACAUCCAAUAAUUAUUUCAUGUUAAUUGAUAUAAGAUAUCAAUUAGCAAUGCUUUUUUCUUAUCAAGCAACUAAAACUGGGAUAUUCGAUUUUAUUUUAUCAAAAAGUAAUUGUCAUGCUGUUGUGUGUCGAAAGACCACAACGUAAUAAUUAUAGGUUAAUUAGGCAAUAACAAUAAUAAACAUUUAGAAGGCCAUUAAUCGAGGCCACUUCUCGAGAAUCCUGUGACAAAAGUUAUUUAAUUAUUAAACAAUUAGGCGCUGACGCGAGCACUCGUUCUUAGAAGCCCGGGUGUCACUUGCGUCUAAAGUAGGUUAAACAGAUCAGCAUUUUGGUAACACAAUGGAUCGAUAUAGUUCAAGUCUUAUUGUGUUCCGAAUACUGAUCCGUAUAAAUUAAGGCGGCACACAAGGCGCCGCGGGUUAUUAAUCUGCAAGGUUCCGGACGAAGCACGACACGUCGCGUACACGCGUAA